AUGUCAGCCCCGACAGAAGAGCCAGUCAACCGCGCCGACGAGGUCCAGGAUCUCCUCGAUUCCGUGCAAUCCCUCCUCAUCCCUUUCAUUGCUUCUGCCGAUGCCGACGCCGCCACCAAGCACACUGGCCACGGCUUGCAAGUCCCUGGCGGCGGACCGAGGACUGUGCUUGUCGAGCACCAUCCGCCGAAGAAGCUUGAAUCACUGCUCAAGGAUGAGCUCAGUAUUGCCGAAGAGGGUACAGGCAAGGACGGCCUCAUGCAUGUGUUGGAGAAGGUUCUCCAGUAUAGUGUGAAUACGUGGGAUCAGGGCUUCCUGGACAAAUUGUAUGCCAGUACGAAUGCGGUGGGCGUUGUGAGUGAGUUGGUGUUGGCCGUGUUGAAUACCAAUGUACACGUCUACCAAGUCUCCCCAGCCCUCACCCUGAUUGAAAAACACACGACCAAGUACCUGGCCACGCUCUUUGGCCUCCCCGCCUCCACCAGUGGCGGCAUCUCCCAACCCGGCGGCUCAGCAGCAAACGGCACCGCCAUUGUCGUCGCCCGCAACACCCUCUACCCAGACACCAAGACCCAAGGCAACGGCAGCCACAAGUUCACAAUCUUCACCUCCGCCCACGGCCACUACUCUGUCGAAAAAGCAGCCAACCUCUUCGGACUCGGCAGCCAAAACGUCCUCUCCGUCCCCGUCGACCCCCUGGGCCAAAUGAUUCCCGCCGAACUCGACCGCGCCAUCCUCGCCUCCAAGGCCCGCGGCGAAACCCCCUUGUUCGUCAACGCAACGGCGGGCACCACCGUCCACGGCUCCUUUGACCCGUUUGCACAGCUCGCGCCUAUUUGCCGCGCACACGGCCUCUGGUUCCAUAUCGAUGGCUCCUGGGGCGGCUCCGUCAUCUUCUCCCACCAACACGCUGCCACGCGACUCGCGGGCGCACACCUCGCAGAUAGCAUCACAAUCAAUCCGCACAAGAUGCUCGGCGUACCCGUCACCUGUUCCUUUUUGCUCGGCCGCGACAUGCGUGCCUUUCACUCCGCCCUCACCUUACCCGCCAGCUACCUCUUCCACAACACCGCCUCCUCCGAUCCCGACACCGACACCGACACCACCACAAACCCGGAUGAAAUCUUCGACCUCGCAGACCUAACCCCCCAAUGCGGCCGCCGCGCCGACUCCCUCAAACUCUUCCUCGCCCUCAAAUACCACGGCCCAGCCUACUUCUCCGCCCACAUCACCCGCGCCUACCAAACCGCAACCCACCUCCUCGCCCUCCUGACCGCGCACCCAGACUUUGUCGCGCUUUCGCCGGACCCGCUGCCCUGUCUGCAGGUCUGUUUUUACUAUGCAAGGGCGGGGGUGUUGAGUCCCGAUGCGGAGGUGAAUAGUCGGGCUACAGAGGGGAUUGUGGCGAGGUUGGGGAGGAGGGGGUUCAUGGUUGAUUUUGCAGAGGGCGAGCGGGGCAAGUUUUUCCGCGUCGUGGUUAAUGGCGGGACGGGGAGGGGGACGGUCGAGGGCUUGGUCAAGGCGGUGGGGGAGUGUGCGGGCGAGUUGGGCUUUUGA